AUGCAACAACCACCAUUAAGCAAAUCUCCAAUAACUACAAUCAAUAACACUGAUUCAGCCUCAUCAUCAUUGGAAGCCUUCAAAUUUGGAACACAAAAUGAAUCAACAAGACCAAAGAGUGCCUCCCGACCAAGAACACCUAAUUUUGACAAUCCUCUCGAUAUUUCCCCUCAAUCUACUAGAGACUUUAUUAGAACGAGGAAGGACAGUCUUGCCUUUGCGGAUGAGCAAGGAAACUUUUUAACAAAAACAAUUCAAGAUGAAUUUGAAAAGAUUAAGGAUAAAGUCUCAAAGGAAAUGAUGGCAGAUUCAUUUGUGGAUCUUGCUCGCCUUGGUAAAAUUGAAUUAGUAAAGGAAUGGUUGGAACAAUCAGGAAUGGAUCCGAAUAUGAAGAAUAAGAAUGGUGUAAGUAGAAUGAGUAUAUUUUAA